CCGCCACCCCAUCUCAGCCUGUUUCUGCUCACUGUUUACAACCAUGAACGACGACAUAAACCCACGUCCACAAAAGCGAGCCAGGCUAGACUCGUCACCAGAGAUGCCUUCGAGCCUGCUAUCCUCGUUGUCACUCGAGCCUACGUCCCCUAGCAAACCGCAAGAACCCCAUCUUAAACCUCUACCGCAAGCCAUCCUGCUCGUCUCGUUGCCUGCCCUACUCGCACACCCACCCACCCACAAAUUUUACAUACCAUCGAUAUGUCUCUCACUUAGUGCACUGCGCAAAUGUGUCACCAUUCCCGCAUUGUCUCCUGAAAUUGAGUGUCGAGCAUGGACUGGGCUUGCUGAAAUUGGAAUGAGGGUUAUUGCUGGUGGUUUGCAUGAGAACGAAGAAUUUCCGUGGGCGCAGGGCAUCGAGUCUGAGGUGGACAAGGCACUAAGUAAAGCUUCGGUCGUGUCACAGAAGCAUCCAUCUCUCCGCGCUUACAAGCACCAUAUUGCUUUGCUUCAAGUACAGCUCUCUCACUGGCAACACAAGAUUAAAUAUGCCCGUACACAGAUCCGUAAUUUGCUCUCAUCUUUCCAGCACACAGACCCACCGCAUACCGUCUACGCCGCAUACCUUGCCGCUAUCUCCAUCUUCACUACACCAAAGCCUGCACCAGUGCCGCCGGCAUUUUCGUCACAGGCAUCCCAUGCUGCCAAAUAUCAAACAACACCUCCGUCACCUGCAUACAGCCAGAAUCCGCAAGACGUCCAUGCGGCGCUUGCGUCUGUGUCAAACAUGGAGACACUUUCGCUCAGCCAGAAGCAUAUACGGGUAACUCUCCUAUCGCACGUGCUCCGCUUGCGCAUCCUUGUCGCGACGAGCAUGUGGGGGGAGGUCGCGGAGACGUUACAGCGCGUUGAGGCAGCGCUGGGGCUCUCCUACGAGCCCGCAACGACCCCGAAGCCCCGCCGUCCCGAUGACCCGCUUUCAACGGGACAGCCACGAAGGCAGCCCGACGCCCCUCCGGCGGAAGAGUUCAUAUUUUUUGACGACCCAUUCGAGGCCGCUAUGGCAGUGCAUGCGCUUAUGAUGUCCGUCGUGUAUUUCACGCAUAUAGGCAGUGCGGCGGACGCGAGUCCAAGGCUGUCGCAUCUUCACGCACUCCUCGACUCUGGUGUGCUCGACAAGUUCGCGGAGGGUACUGUCGAGGUAAAGCUAUCGGCGGGCCCGCCGCUCGUCCUCCAGAUCACGCACCCCCGCAUUCUCUUCCUGCUCGCGUUCCUCGUGAGUAGCGUCGCGAAGCGGGACCCUGUCGGCCGUAAGCCAAAGCGCAAGGUGUUCGCUGUCGAGGGUCUGGCCUCGUGGGAGAAGGAGCUGGACAUCGAGCUUCAGUUGUCACCGUGGGCAAAUCUUGGUGAUAUUGAAGAGGUGGAACAAAGGCUUGCGCGCAUCAAGGCCGAUCUGCUCUGUGAGCUUAUAGCGGUGUCAAUCAUGCGUAGCGAGUGGGAUGUAGCAGAACAAAACCUCGCACAGCUUAUAGCCCAUACCCGGACGUACAAUAUUUUCCCCUAUUUCGCAGCCCGCAUAAGUUUGCACCAUGCCCACUUAGCGCACGCAAUCGGCCAAACGUCACGAGCGAUGGAGUGCUAUCGUGUUGCCGCUGCGCUCGCUGAGGAUGGCAGCUUUGUACAGACGACCGCACAGGCGAGCGGGAUAGUUUUGAGGGUAGGCGUGCGUGCUCAGAGCGUAAGGCUCGGCAAGAGAAAAGAAAGCGUGGACGUAGAAGAAGUGAGCGCGACGGAGGCGAUGCAAGUGACGAAGGCAUGUCGGAAUCUAGGGGGUACGCUUGGAGCUGUCGGUCAGGUCAUUGAGGCCCUGCUCUCGAACGAGAUCCUUAAAACGAAGUAAGUGGGACCUUG